AUGCCGUCUUCGGCGUUUCUGCCUCUUUUGCUUCUCGUUUCACUAAGCCUUCUUUCCGCCGCGAGAGCAGCGCCAGCAGCGGCUAAGCCAUGGGGUGGCAUCCGCAUCGAUAGCGGCGGCAUGAAGAACUUCACGGACAAUUUCACCCGGCAGUGGUCGCGCGAUACCGGCUUCACGAGCGGCAUGGCGGGAACGCUGAACCUCACGGGCGUGCCGAACGAGUUCAACAUGCCCAUGUACCAGAAGACCACGCGCUACUACCUCUUCGCGCUCGAGAAUUGCUACGAGAUGCCGGUCCCCGCCGGGCACUACCUGAUUCGGAUGUUCUUCAACCCGGGACCCCCCAAUGAACGCGGUGAUCCGACCCGCGAGUUCGCGGUGUCCACUCUCUCCACCCAGAUCGCCAUGAUCACGCCGCGAACGCCUGGCGAGUUUCGCGAAAUGAUGGUAACCUACCCCGGCCCGAACGCGGAGCUGGACGUCUGCUUCGUCGCCAACCCGUCCGCCCUGUCAGCGUUCGUCAACGCCCUCGAGAUCCUGCCGAUCGACCCAAAGGCAUACGUGACAGACCCCAACUACAUUCUCUUCAACUACGUGCGUCUGCGGACAGGGAAGGGCAUGAGCUUCGGGGACGGAGUGAGCCUUCCGGAUAAGGACAAGGGCCACCGCCAGUGGUUCAACAUGUCCACCGCCAAGCUGCUCAACGAGCCUGUGACCGUCAGCUGCGAGCCUGCCUGCACCUACCUCGCGGUGCCGCCGGCCACAGCCUUCAAGAAUGCUGACGUGGAGCCGCAUUACUUCCCCAGCAUCCUCUACUCGUCAGCCAUCACCAACCCUGGUGGCGGAAAGAUCACGUUCAAGGUCACGAUUCCGGACAAGGGCUCCCGCGUGCUCAUCGUGCUGCACUUCGCUGAGAUCGAUCCUGCCGUCACUGCUGCUGGCGCUCGUGUCUUCUCUAUCUUUGUGAACGGAAAGCCCACCCCAGGCAACGACGGCAUCGAUCUGAUCAAGUGGGGCGACGCUCCCAAGGUGGCGCUCUUUAAGACCGUUGAUUGGCAGCUGGGGCCGGACGAAUCGACGGUGGAGAUCGUGCUUGCGGGCGCUGAGGGCGCAUCCAAGGGCCCUACUAUCGCGGGGCUGGAGGUGUUCCGGCUGGUGUCCAGAGGCCCUCGCACCAACGCGGAUGAGUUCAAGCUGAUGAGGAAGAUCCGCGACGCUCUGGUGGUGCCGGAGAUGAGCAACUGGCAGGGCGACCCCUGUGCGCCCAUUGCGUGGCCGGGCGUGGGGUGCCGGCUGACAGAGAAGAACGACUUCACCAUCACGGGCAUUACACUGUCAGCAGCAGAACUUUCGGGUUCGCUGCUCCCCGACUUUCACCUGCUCAAGAACUUGCAGUACCUGAACCUGAGCAACAAUCACAUCUCAGGCAACAUUCCACAGACACUCAUCAACCUGGAGCAGCUUACCAUGCUGGAUCUGUCAGCCAACGACCUCAAGGGCUCCAUCCCUCGGGGGUUCAGCAGCAUGCCUGCUCUCAAGAUUCUUGACCUGCAUGACAAUGAGCUCACAGGAGGUGUGCCUGCCGAUCUCUUCCCGCCUCCCCCUGGCGUCAUGAUUGAUUUCUCCAACAACCCGGAUGUGUGUGGCACGACCACGCGGCCAGCCUGCGAGGCGCUGGGCGGGCCAGGAGUGAGCGACAUCACGAUCGUGCAGCCGACGUCCUCCUCCGUCUCGUCCACCCAGAUUGUGUGGAUCAUCACCGCAUGCAUCCUGGGCGUGCUGCUCAUCAUUGCUGUCGUGGUUGCCAUUCGUCUCAUCUUCUUCCAACCACACCUACCACUAGAGGAUGAUGACAAUGGAGAUGGUGGGUUCUACAGCAAUGCGGCCCGAGCCUCAAGCACCUCGUCUGAUGAUCUCGGGUCCGAAGCGAGCUAUGCAACCUCCUCCAGUCGCGGCUCCGUGAGGGUGCCUAAGCUGAGGUCGGGAAAGGGUCCUCAUCCCUCGGCGGCGCUUCCCGUCUUUGGCGCAUGGAACUCUCAAGCUCUCAAGAACCCAGAAGAGGCGGCGGCAGCGGCGGCGGCGGCGUCCGCAGCCGCCCGCUUGCGCUCCGCGCCGAGCGUGCAGACGCACGAUUCCGAGAUAGACGGGGCCGCCGGAAGCGGUGGCGCGGGAUUCACCGCGAUGUUUGCGAAUAAGGGGAGGGAGAGGCGAGCGAUGCGGAUCGUGGAUGGGAGGAUCAUGGAGGUUCCCAGCUGUGGUCAGCAGGCAAACGUCACCAUCUCCUCCUCCGGAUCCUCCGAGUCUCGAUCACCAAGCCGUAUCCCUCACAUACCACCCGACCAUCCUCUCUACCACCUCUACCACUCCCCACUCUCCGGCUCCCCGGACCGCCCCCGCGAGCCUAACCCCCAGCCUCGGCAGUCGUACCUGCCAGGUCUGGCGCUUGAGCCAAUCGCGUCCGACUCCCCUGUGCACUCUAUCAGUUCCUCUUCUUCCCACUCCGCGUUUGCUCCGAAUGCUGAAGACAUGUCAUGGGAGCAACCUUCAGCAGCACAGGCAGCGACAGCAGAAACAGCAGCAGCAGCAGCAGCAGCAGCAGCACCACCAGCACCACCACCAUCAGUAGCAGAACCCGCAGCAGCAGCGCCUUUGGUAAAUCCCCUGUCGACAGCAACAUCUGAGGCGCCUCAGCAGCCGUCAAGUUCCCCACCUUCCCUCGCUGAACUGCAGGCGCUCAAGCUGAGGCUGGCUGCAGGGGAGAAUCUCGACUGGGAGGAAGAUGCGCAGCACUCCAAGGUGCGAUUUCAAGGAGGAAUUGAGCACGCGGCCGAAGCUGCGGGAUACACUAAGAUGUUCCAGGACAGGCAGGCGAGAAAGAAGAUGCAGGGAGGGGCAGGGGUCGGGGACUUUGGAAUGCAUAUGGGAGGCGAUGGGCGGGGUGCUGCCCAGCCGAGUGGGUGGAAUGCAGGAGUCGCUGCUGCUCUGGCUGGGGUCGGAAUGGCUCCCCCUCCUCCGUCUCCUCCUCCUCCUGGUGAUCAUGCUGGCACUGGUGCCGGUGCUGGUACUGGUGCGGGUGCGGGUGCUGGUGCUGGUGCUAGUGCUGGUGCUGGUGCCGGUGCUGUUGCUGGUGCUGGUGCUGCGCUUCCUCCUCCCCCAUAUCUUGCCCAUCCUGCCGGUGCGGGAGGGCUAGGGGGGAAACUUGUGAAUUAUGAUGCGAAUCCUGACAUGUACAUUCCGCAGCCGCACAAUGUGAUGGGAUUGAAUGGCCCUCCGCACGGCAUGCAUGCAGCUGAUGCUCAUGGGGCAGAACAUGGAAGAGUUGGAAUGCGACAAAAGAUUGGAGGUUUCUUUGGCUGCACGCUUUUCGCAGCUCUUGCGAUAACCGCAUGCCUAUUGGCCACCGGCGUGCCGUCAGCUGAAGCGUACGAUCCGCUAGAUCCAACGGGCAACAUCACGAUCGUGUGGGAUGUAACGAGUUGGGCCGGCGACGGUUACAUCGCGUGGGUGAAAAUGUACAACUACCAGCACUACCGCAAGAUUGAUCCACCUGGCUGGGCGCUGACGUGGAAUUGGACGCAUGGCGAAUACAUCUGGGACCUGACGGGAGCCGUGGCGACGAAGCAAGGCGAUUGUUCUAAGCUGCAGUUCCCCGGCGGCAAGAUCCCGCACAGUUGCAUGCAGUACCCGGUGGUGAUGGAUCUAAUGCCCGCGGACCCCUUAAAACCCGACGCGCCGGGCGUGCUGAAGAACUGCUGCAAGGCGGGGUACCUCGGCGCCAACAAGACCGACCCCGCAUCGGCACUCGCUCGCCGCGUUCAUGAUCAACACCCCUACCAGGUCAACGCCACCAUCUAUACCGACCCUACCACUCGCCGGGAGACCCAGGCUCAAGUGACCUACCACAUAGUCUGCACCUACAGCUCGAUUCAGAAGCGCGACCCGCCGAAGUGCUGCGUGUCUUUAUCCUCGUUUUACAAUGAUACGAUAAUACCGUGCGCGAGCUGCGCGUGCGCGUGCGGGAACUACUCGUCGAGCUCGAUUGUGUGCGUGCCGACGGGGGGCAAGGUGCCGUACCUGAUGUCGACGCCGAGUGGCGAUGGCCUGGAGCUGAAGACUGAUCGGACGGCUGUGGAGUGCAGUCCGGACGGAUGCCCCAUCAGCAUUCACUACCACUUCAAGCAAAAUUACGAGGGAUUCUGGAGAGCCAAAAUCACCAUCAUCAACAGGAGCCUGUGGGACAAUCACACCAAUUGGAAUGUUGUUGUUGAGCACCCGAACAUGGGCAACUUGACGGACGUGUUCAGCUGGAAGGCGGAGAACAUUCUGCCCUAUGGAGUCAACAACACGGCCAUCUUCUUUGGCAUGAAGCAGUACAACGACGUGCUCAUGCCAGCUGGCAAGGGCGGCAACGUGCAGUCGGAAAUGCUCUUUGCCAAGACGUCCGAGUUUACGCUUGAAGACGGAUGGGUCUUCCCUAGGAAAAUUGUUUUCAAUGGCGAGGAGUGUGUGAUGCCGGAGGACAUUCCAGCAUUGCCUGCGAAGCCUGCGCAAAGACAAUCCUCAUUGUUGGCUGCUGCAUUCGCUGGAACUGCUGGGCCAACACUACACGGAAACUUCGUGCUGCAUCCGAUGGAUCCGGAGCUUCUUCCACGUGUCCAGCUGCUGCCAGCGGAAGAGGAGCAACAGGAUCGACGGAGCGACAAACACAGCUUUUAUGGAUUGCUCUUGACGCUGCUUGCCCUGGGUCUCUGCACCCUCACCGGAGUCGCGCUCCAGAGCGGCUGGUCCCCCGGCUCGCUCCGCCUCGUGGACGAAAUCCUGACCGAGUCCAAGCCUCUCUGGCAGGCUCGGUUACUGUCCAGCUGGCAGGCUGGGGUGGAAGAUUCGGCGGUGGAAGGUCCUGCAGCAGCAGCAGAAGCAGAAGCUGCAAUAGAACCGGCAGCAGCAGCAGUGGUGGAGGCAGAUCACGCAGCAGUAGCUUCUGAGGACCCCAGGUGUUCCGAAAUCGGGAAGAAGAUUCUGAAAUCCGGCGGUAAUGCGGUGGAUGCAGGCAUCGCUACAGUGCUGUGCAUGGGAGUGGUGAACCCCAUGGCGAGCGGCAUUGGCGGGGGUGCGUUCAUUCUCAUUCGAUCGGCCAAUGGUUCCGCAGAGUUCAUUGACUGCCGAGAGACCGCCCCUGCCGCUGCCCACCAGGACAUGUUUGAGGGUCACGAGGAGGACAUUAGAAAGGGGGGGCUUUCAGUGGGAGUACCUGGAGAGAUUGCAGGGCUUUACCUGGCGUGGCAGCGGCACGGCAGGCUGACGUGGCGCGACCUCGUCACACCAGCCGCUGACAUGGCAGAGAAUGGCUUCCACGUGGCAGCUUACCUGGCAAACUCCCUCGCUGCCAGCAACGCAACCAUCCUCUCAGACCCUGGUCUAAGCACCGUGUUCGCCCCGGGAGGGAAGCUUCUGAGAAAAGGAGACACCUGCUACCGCCCCGCCCUAGCAGCCACUCUUAAAGCCAUAGCAGAGAAGGGUCCAGAUGCAUUGCAUCGAGGGGAGCGGGCGAAGGCCCUAGUAAAGGAGAUUCAGGCUAUGGGAGGGAUACUAACCGAGCAGGACUUGGAGAAUUUCGAGGCGGAAGUGAGGCAGGUGCUUGUGGGGAAGGCGUUUGGGCUUGAUUUUCUGAUGGCCCCGCCGCCAUCGUCAGGGGGAGCGGUGAUUCUGCAGGUGCUCAAGAUUCUUCAAGGGUAUGAGCUUCCCCUGGCGUCAGCAGGAGUGUUGGGCGUGCAUCGGGUGGUGGAGAGCUUAAAGCAUGCGUUUGCACUGCGCAUGCACCUGGGGGAUCCUGCCUUCGUCAACGUCACCGACGUUAUCCGAGACAUGCUUUCAGACGAGUUUGCCGCCCGGCUUCGAUCCGCCAUCCACGACAACAUGACCUUCCCGCCCGAGCACUACGGCCACCCGGAGGACGAAUCAGAAGAGGACAAAAAGCGCCACCCGCACCGCCACCAACUAUACGCACAGCUAGACGACCAUGGCACAUCACACACGUGUGUGGUGGAUCAGGAUAGAAUGGCAGUUUCUAUAACAUCUACAAUAAAUGGACCCUGGGGAGCGGGCAGGAUGGCGGUCCAAUCAGGAAUAGUUCUCAACAACGAAAUGGCGGAUUUUUCGCUGCCCUACCGGCCGGGCAGGAUUCCGAUGCCGUUUGAGCCACCGCCCGCCCCCGCGAAUUUCAUCCGGGCAGGAAAAAGGCCGCUGUCGUCGAUGGCGCCGGCUAUUGUGCUACAGGACGGGCAGCUGAAAGCUGUGGUUGGUGGGGCUGGAGGAACAGUGAUUAUUUCGGCUGUUCUGCAAGUGGUCCUGCACUUCUUUUGCCAGGGUUAUUCACCCUUCAAGGCCAUUGAUGCUCCUCGCAUCCACCACCAGCUGCUGCCCAACACAUUGUUCUACGAGGCAGGACACGCUCUCGACGAUGGCGAGCGCAUCUCAGUGCCCAAUGCAACCCUCGCUGCCCUGGCCCGCCGCAACCACUCCACCUUCCCCAUUCAAUUUGGGGGCUUCGUUCAACUCAUUGUGCAAGACCUCGAUGGCCCCGCCAGUGCUGCUCGUAGUGCUUCACUGCAGAAAUUAAACUCUCUCGCAGCAGUGCCGUCCCCUGUAACAGUGCCAUCUGGUGGGCCCGGCAGGAAACUAAUCGCAGACCAAGAAGCAGCCAAGCUUGCAACGGCUGAGCCAAGCUUUCCGCCUCCAUUUCUUGGGCGGCUCACUGCAGUGAGCGACCCGCGCAAGGAUGGUGGCCCUGCUGGGUUCUGA